AUGCAGUAUCAGGCAGCACCACUGAAAUGACAUGCUGGAUUAGUAGGAGAAAUGAGAGUCAAUAUCAACUAGCAUUCAUCAUAAUACCACUUAGUAUAUCACUAACUUUUAAUAGCAUACUACUACUAUUAGGAUUCUGGAUUAAUUGCAAGAAAGGGAGACAUCGUAAUAGCCUAUAUCUCUCUUCAAGGAAUGAAGAAGUCACCACACCUCAGCUAGCAAGGGUCAGUAUAUACAGUGUCCUACAGUUGGUGGUGAUGGGCCUACUGCUUAUGUGCUAUCUACAUCAGUACUGGUAUCAAAGAGAUGCUGAAAUUAACUAUCUUCAAUUCAUAGUGCAUAAGCAUGUAUCAUCAUGCUAUCCUCAUGCAACUGAUAAUCAUUUUAUGUUUUUUAUCACGGCAAUACUACGAGUGCUUUGCUUCCAGAUUAUGGGUGUGGUCCUGUUGCUAUGGAUACUGAGAAGAGAGCUCUUGUGUACGUGUAGGUAUAGGUGUAAAUAUACGAACAACAAAAAUAACAAUAACAACAACAACAACAACAAUAAUAAUAAUAAUAAUAACUUAAAUAAUUUAAAUGUAAGUAGAUCAUUGGCUGGUGAGCAAUCACUGUCACUUCUUACAAACACACCUCCAAGAAAAAGUUAA